GCGUACUUCCGGCUGCAGGGUUGACAUGAAGAAGCAGCGGCGACGGCUAGGGCGGCGGUAGCGGCGGGAGCAGAGGCUUGCAGCGGGACUCCUGGCUGUGAGCGCGAGGCGGCCCAGAGCGGCGGACUGCACAGUGGGGCGAAGAGGAGGCGCAGCAGCCGCCCUGGCCCGUCAUGGAGAUGGAAAAGGAGUUCGAGCAGAUCGACAAGGCUGGGAGCUGGGCGGCCAUUUACCAGGAUAUCCGACACGAAGCCAGUGACUUCCCAUGUAGAGUGGCCAAGCUUCCUAAGAACAAAAACCGAAACAGGUACAGAGAUGUCAGUCCCUUUGAUCAUAGUCGGAUUAAACUACAUCAAGAAGACAAUGACUACAUCAAUGCUAGCUUGAUAAAAAUGGAAGAAGCCCAAAGGAGUUACAUUCUUACCCAGGGCCCUUUGCCUAAUACCUGUGGUCACUUUUGGGAGAUGGUAUGGGAGCAGAAAAGCAGAGGCGUUGUCAUGCUCAACAGAGUGAUGGAGAAAGGAUCGUUAAAAUGUGCACAGUACUGGCCACAAAAAGAAGAAAAAGAAAUGAUCUUUGAAGACACAAAUUUGAAAUUAACAUUGAUCUCUGAAGACAUUAAGUCAUAUUAUACAGUACGGCAGCUAGAAUUGGAAAACCUUACAUCUCAAGAAACUCGAGAGAUCUUACAUUUCCACUAUACCACGUGGCCUGACUUUGGAGUCCCCGAGUCACCAGCCUCAUUCCUGAACUUUCUUUUUAAAGUCCGUGAGUCAGGGUCACUGAGCCUGGAGCACGGCCCUAUCGUGGUGCACUGCAGCGCUGGCAUUGGCAGAUCGGGCACCUUCUGUCUGGCCGACACGUGCCUUUUGCUGAUGGACAAAAGGAAAGACCCUUCUUCUGUUGAUAUCAAGAAAGUCCUGCUAGAAAUGCGGAAAUUCCGGAUGGGGCUGAUCCAGACGGCGGACCAGCUCCGGUUCUCCUACCUGGCUGUGAUUGAGGGCGCCAGAUUCAUCCUGGGGGACUCUUCAGCGCAGGAGCAGUGGAAGGAGCUCUCCCGCGAGGACCUGGAGCCCCCACCUGAGCACAUCCCUCCUCCCCCCCGGCCACCCAAACGAAUCCUGGAGCCACACAAUGGGAAAUGCAAGGAAUUCUUCCCAAACCACCAGUGGGUAAAAGAUGAGACCGAGGCAGAAAAAGAUGGCCCCAUCAAGGAAGAAACCAGUACGCCCUUAAAUGUUUCCUGCGGAAUUGAAAGCAUGAGUCAAGACACUGAAGUCAGAAGGCGGGCUGUGGGGGCAGGUCCUGCCCAGGGGGAGCCAUCACCACCCGAGGAGGGGCAGGACCACGUGCUGAGUCCCUGGAAGCCCUUCCUGGUCAACAUGUGCAUGGCCACAGUCCUCACGGCCGGCGCGUACCUCUGCUACAGGUUCCUGUUCAACAGCAACAUAUAAUCUGACCAAACUCCACUCCACCUCCACCCCACUGCCCGCCUCCGCACCCAACUAGCAGGCGAGCCGUGGUAGGUAAGGGCCGAUGGACAGCGUAGCCAGCCGUGACCUGGACAGACGUUUGUUCUACACUAAAACUACCCUCCCAGGCUGUUGGUUUUACCCUUGAUUCUUUACUUCUGCCCCCCACUUCCUUUGAAUACCAAAUUCACAACCAUUUUUAAAGACAGCAAAGGAGAGUACCAUGCUUGUGGCACAGAGGAAAGGUGGCCUGUGCAAGUCUCGAGGUUUGCCCCGUUCUGCCCAGUGCUCCUCGGCACACCCAGUGUACCCCUGUGCCCUGCAGUGGGCCCCAGAGACUGUGUGGUGAACCUCUCCACUCCAUAUUUAUUUCUUUACUUUCCCCCCAAAGAUGUCCAUAGUGCACUAGCAUUUUCUUAAACCAAUAAUGUAUUUAAAUUUUUUGAUGUCAGCCUUGCACCAAGGGCUUUAUCAAAAAGUACAGUAAUAAACCCUCAGGUAAUGCUGGGAGCGCGAGACGUUGGGGUGAGCCCGCUGCGCCAGGCCAGCGCUGGGAGGAGGACGGUUGUAAGCGGUGGUUAGUUCGUGGCCUUGUGGGUGACAUGAGAAGAGGUUGGCAUAUGUUUAUAGAACAAUGGGAUAAUAUAUAAUGAACACUUGGAUAUUUAAGAUACGUGACGUGAGAUUACUUUGCCCCAGUUAUUCCCCUCCCCCGUUAUCCCCCAGGUCCCUGUUCCCAGUCCCCGCCUCUCCCUCUGUAUUAGAAUGCAUGUACGGUCCUCUUGUGUCCUGAUCAAAUACCACAUGCUUGAAAUACUGGUAUCUCUGCUUACUAAUGUGCCCCGUGAACAAGUCCAGCCCACCUUUGCAUGGUCUGAUCAUUACAUGUCCAUGGUUCCCGAGACUGUUACUGAAAUAAUAGCCAUUCAGCAGUGGAGUGAUGUUUUCCAGUAACAGAUAAUUGCCGAAUUCCUGGCAUGACACUCUGGUGACUUCCAGGUGAGGUCCGGCCUCUCCUGGUCCCGCUGGGUCUCACUGUAACUCAGACAUUCCGAGGGUACGGGAAGCCAUAGUCACACCUCAUGCUCUGGACAUUUAAGCAAGCAGGGGCCCCCCACACCCAGCCUUGGGAUCAGCCCCCACUACCCCAAGUUCACACUCUUCUUGAGCAGACCGUGAUUUGGAACCAAGGCACCUGUCGGAAACCCCACUUGUUGAAACAACCUGGAUGACGGCCCAGAGAGCCAGCCUGCUGCUGUCUGGGCCCAGGGGCCCUUGCUGAGGGAGGCAUGUCUGCCCCUGCCCUGGAACCCUGGGAACCGAUGGUGCUCACCACUCUUCCUGCGAGGGGAACUUAAGACCUCCACAUUAAGUGGCUUUUUAAAUAAGAAAAAAAGGCAGCUGUCUUUGACGAGCUGCUCUUUUGCCAGCAUUUUCACAUUUUGCCUUUCACGUGUUAGAAGCCCGUGCAGAGAAAUUCUGCGGUGGGAACAUUUGAGGCAUCGCCCCGCAGAGCCUUGGUGAGGUGUGGGUGAGGCUGAGGUGCCAGGCUGUAAGCAUUGUUGAGUUGGGCUUGUUGUUUUUGAAGUCCUGUAUAUGUAUGUAGUAGUUUGGGUGUGUAUAUAUAGUAGCAUUUCAAAGUGGAUAUACUGGUUUAACCUCCUGUCCUUGGAAAGCAGAUGGCUCUCCAUCCUGUUAACACGUAUGUUAAAAGAAGCAGCGAGCUGCUCUGCUAUAUGCCUUAAGCCAAUAUUUACUCUUCAGGUCAUUAUUUUUUACAAUGGCCAUGGAAUAAACCAUUUUUACAAAAAUAAAAACAAACAAAAAAAGCGAGGUGUUUUGGUAUAAUACCUUUUCAGGUGUGUGUAUACGUGAAAGCAUGAUGGGAUGGGGGGGGGGGAGCGUCUCAGGGUCUUCUGUGACCUCACAGAACUCUCAAACUGUACAGUUUUCCAACUUGCCAUAUAAAAAAUGAUGGGUUUGCAUUUUAGUUGCAACAAUAAAAGUUUUUUUCUAAAGAACAUG